UUGAGAAGCACCAUGCCGGAGUGCGUGUCCGUGUCCGAGUUCUUGCAGGAGGUUCAGGAGGACUGGAGCUCUCCCACCACCUCCUCCUUCACCUCCAAGAUGAUCAGCUGCAGGAACACCGUCUACCUGCUGGAGGAGGGCCUGACCGAGCUGCUGUGGGGCCCUGGUGCCAAAUAUGAGCUGCCCGGCCCCCAUUACAGCUCUUCUAGAUUAAAAUACUACCACGUGUCUCACCUGGAGCAGUACAUCAAUUCAAUGGAGAAGCUGUCAGUCAACUGUCACUCAAACGGAGAAUCGGAGGUCGGCUCUGCUUUCUGCCGACUGGCAGACUUCUCUAAAGAUCUCCUCUCUCCCAUGAAGAACCUGUUAAAGAGCAUGCUCCACAACAUCAACUUCUUCCUGGACUCUCUGGUUAAAGGAGACCUGAGGGAGGUGAAGGGGGAUCUGAAGAAGCCUUUCGACAAAGCAUGGAGGGACUAUGAGAGCAGAUUUAAGCAGGUGGAGAAGGAGAAGAGGGAGUUAGCUCGGCAGUAUGGGAUGGUGAGGAGCGAGGUGAGCGGAGGAGAGAUCGCUGAGGAGCUCGAGAAGGAGAGACGCUCCUUCCAGCUGAGCAUGUGUGAGUAUCUGAUUAAGGUCAACGAGAUAAAGACGAAGAGAGGAGUCGACCUGCUGCAGAACCUUAUCAAACACUACCACAGCCACAACAAUUUCCUGCAGGAGUGUGUUUCCACCACUCAGAGGUUGAAGCAGUACAUGGAGGAGCUGAAUGGAGUCCUGACGACGGUGAAGCAGCGUCAGGAGGAGGAGAAGAAGCAGCUUGUGUCUCUCAGAGAUCAGCUGAGGCCAGUCGUCCACACAGAGCAGGACUCUUUACCUAAGCAGACGUAUAGUAUGCAUCAGCUGCUGGGAGACAAACAGUACGGGACAGAAAGAACAGGAUUCCUCUACAAGAAGAGUGAUGGGUUGAGGAAAAUGUGGCAGAAGAGGAAAUGUUCAGUGCACAACUGUUACCUGACGAUCGCACACGCUACUCCUAAUAAACCUCCUACCAGACUCAACCUGCUCACCUGUCAAGUUAAACCCAGUGUGGAGGACAAGAAAUGCUUCGACCUCAUCUCUCAUAAUCGGACCUACCACUUCCUGGCUGAGGAUGAAGCUGAAUGUGUGGCCUGGAUCUCGGUGCUCAGUAACAGUAAGCAGGAGGCUCUGAACGUGGCUCUAGAUGGGGGGAGGAGAGGGGGAGGAGGUGGAGAGAGCAGUGUGGAGGAUCUGACCCGGGCCAUCACUGAUGACAUCAAACGGAUGCCAGGAAACAACAACUGCUGUGACUGUGGAGCUCCAGAUCCUGGAUGGCUCUCAACCAACCUGGGGAUCCUGACCUGUAUCGAGUGUUCAGGGAUCCACAGGGAAAUGGGGGUACACGUCUCCAGGAUCCAAUCUCUGAGCCUCGACAGUCUGGGAACCUCAGACCUGCUGUUGGCUAGAAAUGUUGGUAACUCUGGUUUUAAUGAAAUACUGGAGGCGAACCUGCUGAGUCCGUCACUGAAGCCCUCCCAACACAGCCACAUGGGGGAGCGUAAAGACUUCAUCUUAUCCAAGUAUCAGGACGUUCAUUUUGUGAGGCGGAGCCACAGCUCUGCUUCGGCGCUGCGACUCGGCCUGCAGGAGGCGACCAAAAACUGCGACAUCUACAGUCUGAUCCAGCUGUACGCUCAGAGGACGGAGCUGAGCCAGCCGCUGCACACACACAUACAGGAGAAAGGGGAAACGGCGCUCCAUCUAGCAGUCCUAUUGGCUGACAGGACGUCGCUGCACAUCCUGGAUUUCCUGGCUCAGAACUGCUCCAACGUGGACGUGCAGACAUCAGCAGGAAACACGGCGCUACACUACAGCUGUCUGCACAACAAGAGCGACUGUGUGAGACUGCUGCUGAGAGCCAGGGCCAACACGCACAUCAAGAACGAGUUAGGAGAGACCGCGCUGGACAUGAGCCGCAGAUUGAAGCACGGCCAUUGUGGGGCGCUGCUGCAGCAGGCCCAGUCCAACCAGUUUGACCAUCACGUCCAUGUGGAGUACGAGUGGAGGCUUCGUCACGACGACCUCUACGACAGUGAUGAUGACUUUGAUGACAAGAAUGGUCCUGUGAAGAAAGAGCGCUUCUCCUCUUCCUCGUCCUCCUCCUUCAGCUCCUCUUUCUCCUUCUCCUCCCGUCCCUUCAUCUUCAGUCAGUCCACCUCCUCGUCCAUGAACCCGUCCUCCUCUGGAGCAGCUGGAGGAGGUCUGCUCAGCGUGGGGAGGAGGCUCGCCAUGGCUAUGGAGCUCCACAGCCGGCCAGCUGGCUCUGCCUCCAGCCCCCCACCUCCUCCCCCGUCCUCCCCUGCGCCUCCGCUGCCACCGAGGGUCAAAGCUCCCAAUGUUCCUCCUCCUCCCCCUCCUGAUGGGGGGGAAGGUGUUGGAGAGGAAGACGAAGAAGAGGGGGAGGUCUUCUUCCCCCUGACAGGGAACAGAAAGUCGACCCCUCCUCCCAUCGCCGUCCGACACAAGAGGAGCUGCUCUGAGUCCAGCAAACACGAUUACGGGUUGCCAACCAGUCCCAGGAUCUACAGCGGUCCAGAUUCCUCCUUUAAGAAGUGUGUGCCAGCGUCUCCCCUCAGCUCGCUGGCUGAACGACCUGACAGAGGUUUUCGGAGGGCAGACAGUGACGGUAGCUCCUCCCACUUCUUGUACCCUGGCAGUAAAGCCCCGCCCAACGGGUCUCCCACCAGUCAGCGCUCCCAGAGCUUUGAGAGUGACAGAAGAGGCCCCACCCCCCAGCCGCUUCCUCGCAGAUCAUUGCCUCGGGGUACAACGAGCCGUCGUGUUGAGGCGCUGUACGACUGCCAGGCCGACCACCACGAUGAGCUGAGCUUCUCUGAGGGACAGGUGCUGGUGGUCCUGGGCCAGGAGGACAGUGAUUGGUGGCAUGGUUACAUAGAGGAUGAACCGGACCGGAGAGGUUUGUUUCCGUCCUCCUUCGUCCAGCUGCUCUCAGACUGACAUGAAUCUGGACCAGACCAGACCAGACCAGGACCACCCGGACAGGCGCAGA